AAAUGUCCCGUUGAGCUGUUGUGUGUCGCAGCCGAUUUAAUGAGUUAGUACGGUGUGUUAACAUUUUGAAAGCAGAAUGUGUUAUGAUCAUGCUAGUUUAUACUGCAGGACAGCUGAAGUCGUGUGCUUCGUUUCCAUGAAAGGGAAAUUGUGUUGCGAGUGCCCGCUGAGACCACCCAGUAAACCCAGGAUGGACUCGGAGAUUUUGAACAUAGAGGAAAUAGUGAUGGGACGGGGAUUGCCAGAUCCACCUCCUGAAGUUUCCCCUGAAAAACCAGCAGAACCAUACAAACCAAUCACUUUGAAUGGACCUCCUGCACCUUCUGUUCAAUCCUACCAGCAUGAAAAUCUGCAGUGUUUCCAAUGCUUCAUCACGUUCUGCAGUGCCAAAGCCAAGGAAAGGCACAUGAAGAAGAGCCACAGGGAAGAGUAUAAGCAACAGCUUCAGCAGGGAAACACAUUGUUCACAUGCUAUGUGUGUGACCGCACAUUUCUGUCAUCUGAGGAACUGACACAGCACCAGCCAACACACAGCAAGGAUGACAAGCCCUUCAAAUGUGUUCACUGCAAGGAGAGCUUUAAAACAUUCUCUGAACUCACAGCCCACAGAAGACAAGUGUGUCCAGAGAAACAGUUGGUAUGUAAAGAUUGCAAUGAAACCUUCCGGAGUGCUGGACUUCUGCGUACUCAUCGCCUGACCCAGCAUCCCCGCCCAGAUGUAGAAACUGCAGAACAGCCGGAGGACCCAAUGAAAACCCAUCGCUGUAAGAAGUGUGGUCAGGGCUUUGAAAUAGAGUCAGAGCUGGUAGCUCACCAGGAGAAGUACCCUGAAGGUCAGCAAUGCAACGGCAACGCUUCGUCCGUCAAGAAACGUGGACGGCCUUCCAAAGCUGAAGACCCGGCAGUUACUGAGAAAAAGGGAAAACGGAAAAAGAAGGAUGAGGCAGAAGCAUCUGAGGACGCAGUGAAGGCCAGCAGCACCUCAGAGUCAGCAGCAACCCCAGCAGAGGAAAAGGGAAAAGCAGGGGGAGCAAAGCGAGGCCGUCCUUCUAAAGCAGCAGCAAAACCAGAAGUGGAAGAUAAGAAGAGUCCUGAGGACGACAGUCAAGCUCCAGGAAAGGAGAAGAAGCCUAAAGCAGAUCCAGCUCCGCCCCGUCAGCACCCCUGUCCUGAAUGUGACCUCGCAUUCCCCGGCUUGAUUCAGCUCCGUGCUCACAAGAAGGAGAAACACACCCCGCGGAAAGCACAUCCCUGCGACGAAUGUGAAGAGAGCUUUGCCCGUCCUGAGCAGCUGGAUGCCCACAUGUCUCGGGCUCACGCGGUUGGUCGCUUUGCCUGCCCAACCUGCGGGAAGAGCUUUGGCCGUGAGCGCACCUUGAAAGCUCACCAGAAAAGCCACCCGGAGGAAAAGCCUGAAAACCCAGGUGCAAAAAGAUAAUUUAGACAUGGGGACAUUGCGGCAAGUGUAUGGUUUUUGAAGAUUUUAGUCAGGAAUUGUCCUCUUUUUUUCUUUUAACAUUGCAGACUUGAUGCUCCAGAUCAUGGUUUCAGAAGAGUUUGGAAUGGUUUUGAGGAUGACAUUUUAGCAAAUUGUGGAUUUAAAGUUGAGUUUUGAUUAUGAGCUGAUGAAAUUAUGGACAAACAGACACAUCUUCUAAAUUGACUAACCAAAUGUUGUUAAAUCCAUCUGUUACACCCUUUGUCACAGAACAUAGUUUAUUUGUAAAAACAAACUGUUUUGAUUAACCUUUUAAAUGAUUUGUUUGUUUUUUAAGAGUGAAAUGCGUGUGGUGUGAAUUUAUUACUUGGUGUCUUGAGUUGUUCAACUUAUUUUGUGGUUUAAAAAAAUAGUUUUUU